GAAACAAUUCCAAUUCAAACUGAGAAAAUAAUUUUUAAAGAGGAUUUUAAGUUGUGCUAAAUUGAAUAUCGAGUAAAAAAUAAGAUAAUAAGAUUUAUUUUUUUCUUGCUAAUAGUUAUUUUGUUUGUUUAUUGAGCCCUGUGUGGAUAACGCUUUAAAAUACGCAUUUUGCAAAGUACUUAUCCUAAAUUCUGAAAAAUAAAAGCUAUACAUGUGAAAAAACGUCAGAUUAUUUUUAGUUUUAAAAGAAAGCCAAUUAAAAUGAAGAUGCAACGUGUUUGCGCUUAAUAUUUAUUUUUAGUAACUUAGUAUCAUUUUGACAAUAUUAUUUGGCUUAUUUAGCUAGUUCUCUUAAACCUUUAAAAUGAAAAUCCGUUCGUCUGUUUUUGCUUCUCUCUGUCUGGUAAUCGAAGUAUUUGGAAUCGUUCUUUUCUUACGAGGUUUUUUCCCAGUUCCUGUUAAGUCGUCUCUUUCUUCAAAGAGCAAAGUGUCAGAUCUCCCACUCGAACCUUUAGAAGGGCAUGCAGCUAACUCCAGCAGGAUUCCCCCUCCUCUGUUUAAGAGAGUGGUCAUUAUGCUGGUAGAUGCACUCAGGGAAGACUUUGUGUUUGGCCCCAAGGGAAAAGAGUUUAUGCCCUACACAAGACAUCUGGUGGAACGUGGAUCAUCACACAGUUUUGUUGCUAAGGCAAGGGCUCCAACUGUGACCAUGCCUCGCAUCAAGGCACUGACAACCGGCAGUAUACCGGGCUUUAUUGAUGUAGUCAUGAAUCUCAACUCUCCGGCUCUUCAAGAGGAUAACCUCAUCUGGCAGGCCAAAACAGCAGGGAAGAAGGUGGUAUUCUACGGAGAUGAUACUUGGAUUCGACUUUUCCCAAAGCACUUCAUGGAAUAUGAUGGAACAACUUCAUUCUUUGUGUCUGAUUACACAGAGGUGGAUAACAAUGUAACGAGACACCUGGACAGUACUCUGAAGAGAGAUGACUGGGACGUCUUGAUCCUGCACUACCUCGGUCUAGACCACAUUGGUCACCUGAGUGGGCCUCACAGCUCCUUGAUUGGGCCAAAACUCCUUGAAAUGGAUGACAUCUUGAAAAAAAUCCACACAGCCCUCAUCUCCAAGUUUAAUCUCAAUUAUUUUCUCGCAGUUGGCUUUGAAACCCCUGAGCCUGUGGAGCAAGUGGACUUUACCCCCACACUGGCACUGGGCCUCGGCCUUCCCAUCUCACAGAACAACGUGGGGCAUCUGAUUCUCCCUGUGUUUGAAGAGAACACCCUGAGAGAGCAACUCAGAUUCCUUCACCUCAAUGGCUUCCAACUAAGCCAUCUCAUAAAAGACAGCACCCCUGAUUUCGAAAAGGAUCCAGGAUAUGAGCAGUUCAGAAUAGCUGAGAAGUCCCAUGGCAGCUGGAUGAAGCUUUAUUUAGAAGGGAAUACGUCAGAGGUCCUGAGCAACAUGGGAAAGAAAGUGCUGAAGCAGUACAUGGAUGCCUUAAAGUCAAUGAGUGAAUCCCUCAGUAAGCAGCUGGGGAAAUAUGACAUGUACUCAAUGAUUGUGGGCAUGAGCAUUGUGUUAGAGGUUCUUUUCCUGCUACUGAUCACCAUGGCAGAGGCUCUGAGUGGGGCAGCGGAGGUGGACCUGCCCCUCUCCUCGGCCCUCUGUUCACUGCCCUUCUACCUGCUCUGUCUGUUCUGCUCCUCCAUCCACGUCAUGGUCUGCACUUCCACAGAGAGCACCUGCUAUUUCUGCAGUCUGUCGUGGGCCCUAGUGUUUGCAGUAAUAGCCUUUUUCUCGUCCCUGCUCUGCGUCAUAUUGUCCAUCAUAGGUAGAAAGCUCUUCUGGGCGAAACCUCAGAUGAAGGCUCAGUCCUCUGAUUCUGGCUUUUCAGAGCUCGAUAUACUCCUCCUGACCGGAACCCUGGGCCAUGUUCUGAGUCUGGGAGCCAGCAGUUUUAUCGAGGAGGAACACCAAACCUGGUAUUUCCUACUCAAUACCCUCUGUCUGGCAGUGUUCCAGGAUGUCUGCCGAAAAUAUUUCAGGGAGAAAAAGAGUCACAGGGAUUUAGAUGAAAACUCCUACCUCCCCUCUAAAGAUGACACCCCAACAGUGGAUUACAGUUCAAGAACCUCUGCUUUGGCAGGCUAUGAAAAGUGGCUGGCUUUGGUAACACCUUUGGCAACAUUGGUAUGUUGCCGAAUGCUCCGCUCAUUGAACCAGACCGGGGUGCAAUGGGCCCAUCUUCCUGACUUAGGACACUGGCUGAACAACUCUGAGCACAUCGUUGAGCUCUCACUCCUGGCAGCUGCCUCCCUGGUCCUGAUAUUCCUCCUUGUACAGCGAAGGUGCUCUCUGGUCUCAAAAAUAGCUCUUGGGUUGGGACUGCUGGGAGUCUACAGUUACCGGGCUGCAGUUGGAAAUGUGCUGUUCCCAUGGCAACAAGAUGGCAGAGACAUUUCCAAGGGUACUGUGGAAGCCCGUUUCGUCUACAUCUUUGUCCUUGGCAUCUUGUUCACAGGUGCUAAGGACUUGCUGAGGUCACAGGUCAUCAGCUCAGAUACCCAACUAAAGAGCAGGGGAUUGUGGGAGAUCUACAGUGGUGUGGUACUGCUGGCAGCUCUGCUCUUCAGGCCUCACAACCUUCCUGUCCUGUUAUUCUGCCUCUUGAUUCAGACCAUCAUGGCUCAGUUCAUCUGGAAAGAGCUUCAGUAUGAUGCAGCACAAACUACCAUAAUGCAUUAUUGGUUUGGUCAAGCAUUCCUUUACUUUCAGGGUAAUUCCAAUAACAUUGCAACUGUGGAUAUCUCAGCAGGCUUUGUGGGACUGGAGAACUAUGUUGAAAUUCCAGCAAUUUUUCUGACAGCCUUUUGUACCUAUGCAGGCCCACUAUUGUGGGCCUGCCACCUAGUUUGCUAUCUAAGCUCAGAAAGAGAGAGGAGCACAGCGGCCAUUGGCCAUGGUUGCUACUGCUUUGCACUGCUUCGAUCCAUACCAGCUGCAGCCUACAUCAUUCUCGUCACAGCGCUGCGGUACCACUUGUUCAUCUGGAGUGUGUUCUCCCCAAAGCUCCUCUACGAAGGGAUGCACACACUUGUGACCGCAGCCGUCUGCGUUUUCUUCACUGCCAUGGAUCAGAAUCAUGCUGUGAGAACCUGAAAUGUCCUGAAACAAAGAUGUCGCAACAGAAAGUGGGCAAAAUGGCAAUAGUCGGUGGGGAAAUGUAUAAGGGCAAAUUGUGGGUGAUGUGUAAAUGUAACUCAUUAUGAAAGUGGAAUAGAACUGGUUCCGUUUUUGUGAUGCAUACAAAAUAUUAUUAAAUGAAAAUCAAGGAAGUUAAUGAGGCCCAAGAUCUACAAAAUAUAGGCACAUUGUCUGAUUUUUUUGUAAAUUCAUUAAUGUUGAUUUAGGUCAAAGAGCGUUCUCUUUUAAUAAAUUCAGGAUUGUUUUUCAAUGUAGUAGAUACAAAAUGUCCAAUAAAAUGUAACCAUCACUAUGUCCCCUGUUUUGUGGAAUCCUGAGGUAUACUGUGGACAUCAGUAACUUAAUACCUCUAAAUCUUACAUUCCAUAACACUAAAUCAUUAGGUCAAUGGAAAUGUAGUUCACGUUUUUGGAGCUUUUACCCAUAAAAUCCACAAAAAAAUGUUUUGGGUAAAUGUGCUGUGUUUAGGUGUCUUGAUUUUCAAAUAAGAUCUACUCACACACAAAGUUCUGAUUGAUGGUCUUAUGGACAUGUUUGUAAGAAACAGGAAAUAUCUUUAUAAACUUAUCUGGUGUUUAAAGAACGACUAAAACAAUAUCACAAAAAUGAAAAUAUUAACAUAUUUAGUUCAAGUAGGUGGGGUUUCCCUCUCCUUCUAACGUCUGAAGAAGGCUCCACAGGUGAAACAUUGUGUUUCUUUUCUUCUCUUUUCAGCAUGGAAUAAACCUUUACUUGUUCCUUAUUAGCCACUUAAUUUCACUAUAAGUUUUCAUUUCCUAUGUCAUUAGUUCCACUGUGUCAUUAGUUCCAUUGUGUCUUGGAGCUCAAUUUGUAAUGGUUGUAAAAUCUAAAAAUGCUGGAAGCCCAAGAGGCUCUUACCUUGUUGCUUGAAUGAUGUCACUCCUGAGACCCAGUAUCUCAUUCAGUAUGCACAUUUCAGAGUGAAAAAUGAACCUCAAUAAUAAUAACACCGUUGAAUUCAUAGAUGGAUAAAACUGUAAUGUCACAGGAUGGGACUAGUAACCUCACUGAAUAUUAAUAUUGAUGGGAAGAUGGAGUGUAUGGGUAAUGUUAAUACUUUAAGUUUAAUUAGACAGUACUCAAACCCCUUCAAGAAUUGUUAUUUAAAUAUGCCUUUUUACAUUCAGAAGGUUGGCUUUGGACUCUUUACAGGAAUUAAAAUGCACUUCUUACCUAGAGUACCUCAUAUUUGUUUGUAAAGCAGGCAUCUUAACACCACUAACAUUUAUCUCUAGCCCUCUGACUCUAGCAGGUUGUUUAUAUUUUAUAAAUUAUUGUGCUCAUUCUGUAAUAUUUUGUACUGUAUGUGGACAAAGUUUGGGAAAAUAUAUUUUUUUCCCCCAAUAGCAGAACAUUUACCCUCCACUCCUCACUCCUGCCCUCUGUGGUAUCUGAAGUUCUUCCAAAAUAUUAACAAUAAUAAAAUAUUUAGUGUUUUUUAAUGCCUUGUGCACCUCAGGGACAUCUGUUACAGCUGUCCCAUGUGAUUCCUUUCACUGGUAGAAUGUUAAGAGACAGACUGAGAUCUAUAUCACAAUGCAUCCAGUUACAUGUGCUGUGUUGCCAGGCCCUUACCAUAUUAAUAAUGUAGUAGUUGCAGUAAUUGCCUGCAUUGCAACCCAUUCUAGUCGUGUACAUGGAUAUAUUUAUUAAGCAAAGUACUAGAUAUUAGUAUUUUUAUCAUUAACAAUGGAGGAGGAGGUUUUCUAUCAGAAGGACCACUGUAGCUGGAGAAUAGAAUAACAGUGUGAAUAAUAAAGCUGGCUCAAACUGCAAACAUGUUUAAAGUAUACCACUGGAGUAUACUCUGCGUUUAUAUACUUAUAUAAGAGACAUUCUUGAGCACCAGAAUAUGAAGAAGUACACAAGAAUUAGAAGUACAGUGAAAUAUUCCCAUAAGAAAGACUAUUUUUGUUGAUGAACAAUUAGAUUUACAAAGAAUUAAAAUUGCAUUUUCUCUUUAUAUUCACAUAGUGAAACUCAAACAUGGUUUUAAACUGUUAGAGAUGAAUUCUCAAAAAUAAGCAUACAAAACAAAUAAGAUCAGUGUCCAGUUAAAUAGCUUACUCAAGCAACAAAGACUAUGGAGACUAUAGAGAAUGAACUGUAGAUUAAUUUAUCCAUUCCUUUUAAAAUGAGCACACUGGUUUAACUUAUUCAAGCUUAAAUAUAUUUAUAUUUUAUGAUUUACAUGUCCUAAUGAAACACACCAGUUUACAGGUUUUGGGGAUAACAUGAAAUGAUUACAAGAAGAGUGAAACUAGAAAAUGGUGGAUGUCAUUAUCUUCUGUCAGUCAAUAAGUCUCUAGUUGCAUUGCAGAUUCCUUCCGAUGUCCUACGGUAUGCAAUCUAUAAACGUUUUUUUCUUCUACAAAAAGCUUUAAAAGAAGCCCUCAUUAAAAACAAAUUAAAAAAAAACAUUUUAUAGUCUUGUGGAGAAUAAAUCUAUUUACUGUUUGUUAGUAUAUUUUACAGUUUCUAUGACAGACUAAACAUUUAUAUUUACAAAUUUUAGCUGAAUAGAGAGGUAAGGAGCCUAUUGCUCAAAUACAAAUACAAUAAGAACUGUAUGCUGUACCAGGUAAGAUUGCAGUAUGAGAAGAGGGAUAAAAAGGAAACUAAGGUAUUUAACAGGCUAGGAAGAAUAGCCUUUGUAAAAAGGUUCUCCUAUGUUCCAAUAGAAUCACAUUGGUAAAUUUGUACUCCAGGGUGAAUAACACUGCAGGUCAAUGCAAACAGACAAAUGUUGAUUAAUAUGUGAAACAAAUACUAAAAUCUAAAGAGCACAGUUUCACAUUUGGCUGCUUUCCAAAUAAAAUCAAGGAAGACCUCUCUGCAAUCCAAAGGAUAGACCACUUUCAAUGAGUGGAACUCAGGUUAAAUGCAACUGUAUCCAUGGGAAUAUCUCCCAAAGUGAAAACUGCAAAUACAACAAGUCUCAAUGUAAAUGAAACUUGGCAAACGCUGAACUGAAGGACUGUUAGAAUGAAAACCAAUCCUGUUAAGCCCAGGGCAGUCCUGAAAACAGCAUUACUCUAUGUUCUGUAUAAGAGUACAGGUUUCAAGAAUAUUUGAAAAUGGUAUGGAAAAUAAAUAUAUUCAUGAAAGUUUACUGCUAAUAUAGUGUACAGCGCAAUCCAAGUUUGGAAACAUGCUGUAUAAUAUGAAAAGAUAAGAUUAUUAUACUGUAGAUUUAGGGAUGCAAAGUUAAUAGGGAAUAGAGAUUACUUAAAAAAUGAAAUAAUUGUAUUCUCUUCCCUAGCAUCUCUGUACUUUGUGUUCCAAACAGUUGAACAGCACUGUAUCCUGCAUUUUUAAAAAGAAAACUGAGAGUAAAUUAAUUUUCAAACAUAAUGAAACGUGUGCCAAUGUGUAUUUCAAUUGUAUGAAAAAUGAUCAAUUUAUGCUAAUGUAAUGGUUUUUUUUUUCAAAUUCAUUUCUUUUUGUUUUAGUAUAUCAUCAAAAUUGAUUUCUGGACAGUCUUUAAUUCAUUUUUAUCAUCUAGUUGCCAGAAAAUCACUUAUUCCAGGUCAGGCACACAGAUACCUAGAUCGAUUCAGAAAGCAAAGGGUACAAGGCAGAUACUGGGUACACUCUGGAGAGAAUGUCAGAAGUUACACAUGCAUACAGGUUAUUUAGAGUCACCAAUGCCUUUUGAAGGUGAAUUUUGUCUCUGGACAGGGGGAGAACAGGGAAACUCCAUACAGAAAGCACCCAACUCUUAAACUGAACCCAAGAUCUGUGUGGCAGUUGCAUGAAUCAUAGUACCACCUGAAACUGAAUUCAGAAAUAGUAAAAUUACAAACUUCAAUCGAGUUUAUAAAACCACCUUUAAUAGCAACGUUUUACAGAAACGAGAAAGCUGUUAAUACAAGUUUGGCUUUUAGCAUCAGGCAGAGAGGACUAUGAUGAUCUCCAGAUCUGGGAAAAGUUGCUUUUGAAAUAUUACAGUUACUUGCACAAUUGGUUUCUUUUUUUUUAAUAGGAAAUUGCUUUCAAGAAGGAUUGUGUUUCUUAAAAUGGUAACUUUACACACUGCAUCCCUUUAACUGAUGACAAAUCAUUUUCCCUCCACUCCUUUAUUUAUUAAAUUAUUUUAAUAAAAUAUUAUAUUUUAUAUUUCUUGAUACAGAAUAAAAAAUACUGUUUAUUAAAUUGUAAACAUAACUGUAAAGGAAUUAAUAAAUGUGAUGUACUGUAUGUGGAUUACUUUUGAAAAGUAACCUAACACUGAUCUCAUGGUAGUAGAGUCACAGAGUAAAGGUUAUAAAGUCCUGAACCUUGGAAUAAAUCUGUUAAUGAAAUUAUGUUGAAUGAGAGGAGAACCUGUCGUCUGUAAGGAAGAUAAAAUAAAAUUGUAUCAUUAUUAUAUUAACAGCACACCAGGAAUUGGAAAUGGGUUCCUUCUAGACUUUUGACAAACCAGAUGUUUUAAUGUCCAAACAAUGGUUGAAAGAUAAUAUUAAGUUUUUUCCAUAUUUUUCAUAUUCCUGCUUACCUUACAAAAUAGUAAAUGUUUAUCAUUCCAUACAGGCAAAUGAACACAUGUACCUUUCAAAGGCUUAUGUAGUACAUUGUGUUUGUAUCUUCAGAGGGUUGUCAGAUUCAGUCAUGAUAUUUCUGCUUCCUCUGACCUUCCUCUGGUUUGCCAAUUUGAGCACUGAAGUCCUAUUGGUGCUUGUAGGCAUCUCUUCCCCUGUCAGUGCCACAUUGACUAAUAAUAAAAAGGAAGCUUUUUACUCAUUGGAUGAUCCUCUAAAGCAAUACUGACUGAAGUCCUUAUGGGUACAAUAAUCUAUGGCUCAUUCAGGUUGAAAAUCCCCCAUUAUUUCAUCAGAGGCUUUCUGUUUCUCUCCAGCCAAAAAAAAAACUAAAUAUAACCCCAAGAGUGUACGACUGACUUUAAGCAGGGCACAGCAUCCAGUUUAAUGAAUAUAAGCAGUUGAGAUCCGUUAAAACAAUUUCAUUAUAUACUGUAGAAUUCAAUACAGGCCUUGAUAUGUUGGUAAAUUCAAAUAAUAAAGUAUACCACAUUGCUAACAUUAUUUGCACUGCUGGCGGUAUAAUUCUACAUUGUUCAGUUUUUUAUUCUAAAUGUAACUAUUUUUGUUCAGUUACAAAUUUUUAGUUUGCUUUGUUUACGAUUUUAGGAACUGAAAUCACUGAAUAGGGUAUAACUCAGUUUAGAUCCUUAACCACAAAAAGGCCGGCAGAAUCCUCGUGAUAUUAAUUGAGCUUACUUUACUCCUCUUUGCUUAACAUACCAAGGGCACUGCAGGAAUUUCAUCCUUUGAAAUGUGGAAAAGAGGGUUUUUUUUGUAUUGUCCAGGGGCUGCUCUUCUGCGGGUUUCACAGGUUUUUCUAUUGUAUUAUAAAGCUUUCGAAUUUCUGGGGUUAUUUUGGUUUUAUGUACUUUGUUCUUUUCAUUUGUUUUUCUCCAGUGCAACCUUGUCCACAUCUCCCAAACCCCAGAACAAUCUUUAUUUUGUUUCAAAACGCCAGGCUGCUUAGCAUUAAAAGAUCACUAUGAAAGAAAGAACAUGGUCUGUGCCACUUUUUGCCUACUUCUCACUUAUCAUAAGUAUCAAAGAAAACAGAGGCUGCCCUUUUCACAGGUAUUUUCUUUUAAAUUUAGAUAUUUUUUUAAGAAAUAAAAUACAAUUACAAUAAGCAGAUGGAAAAGUAGGAUUCCAUGCAGCAAUAACGAAAAACUACCAGUUUUUUUCAAUGCAGUUUUUAGUUCUGCUUUGCAAAUAAACCUAUUCAUGAAGCUCAUUCACUAAAAGGAGACGAGCUAAUCCUUGUAUAAUUCUGCAUUCCAAAGCUUUCUGUUUUAUGUGUGUAGGCACGUACCUGUGAUAUCCUGAUUCGCUCUGGCAAAUCUUCUGAAAGUUAUGUUAUUCUUUGUGAAACACUUGGCUUUAAAUAAAAAAACAACAAGAAAUCCACAUCACUAAUCUUACACUUUACUUUCAAAUGAGCCCUCACAUCCUUUGACAUAACUUUGUUAAAUAAUUUAUGUCUUGGGAUGUUUUGGGGAUCAGCAUAUUGUUUUUGAAUUAUUGUUAAUGUAGCCAGGCUUUUGUGGUUGCAGUCAUGCUAUCUGCAGAUCCCUGUAUGUGGCCAACAAUUCUAACUUGUGCUGUGGUAUUUAAACUGGUAAGCACAAUACAGAAACUAAAUAAUAAGUACCUACCCACCUAAGGUGUAUUUUUGAUAAUUGCAGUUACUGUAUGUACAUUUUUGUUUGUAUUCUUUGCUGAGUCUUUCUUGGUUUUUUAUUAUAUUAAUUGUAUUAAUUACCCUAUGAUGUCUUCCAUUCUGGGUUUUGUGUAAUCUUGUAUUUUCCAGGCAUUUUCUGGUUUGUUUUUGUCUUCUCCGUUUAUUUUUCUAUGCAUUAUUUCAUAAUUUACAACUAAGCAUUUUGAGAAAAUAAUUUGAUUGGACUUUAUGUAUUUUUGUGCAAUGUUACUGUUAAAUAUAGCAUGUGAAUGCAAUUUGCACUGAUUUGGAUAAUUCAUUUAAUAGUGAAAGGCUUUAAAAUAAAUUGACUUGAACAAAAA